GGGCCGGCUGGCGCGCUCAGGAAAGCCCCGCGCGGCACGGGCAGGACUGGCGGUCCGGGGGUCCCCCACUUCCUGCUCGGGCGCCGGCGCGGCGAAUGGACCCGGGGCGCGCAGCAGGUAUCUUAGGAUCUCCCAAUGGGGCAGCUUUGCUCUGGGCUCACAUUCCCUGUGAGCUGCCUGAUCCUGGUGUGGGUGACAGGCUCUGGGAGUGUUAAGGUCCUGCAGGAGCCCAGCUGCUUGUCCGACUACGUCAGCACCUCUGUCUGUCAGUGGGAGAUGGACAGUCCCACCAACUGCAGUGCCGAGCUCCGCCUGUCCUACCAGCUGGACUUCAUGGGGUCCGAAAACCGCACGUGUGUCCCCGAGAACCGAGAAGGCGCGGUGUGCACAUGCAGCAUGCCGAUAGAUGACGUGGUUGAAGCGGACGUCUAUCAGCUGGACCUGUGGGCUGGGAAGCAGCAGCUGUGGGGCGGCACCUUCCAGCCCAGCGCGCAUGUGAAACCCAGGACCCCCGGGAACCUCACGGUUCACCCCAACGUCUCCCACACGUGGCUGCUGAUGUGGACAAACCCGUACCCUAGCGAGAAUCACUUGUACUCCGAGCUCACCUACAUGGUCAACAUUUCCAAUGAAAACGACCCCACGGACUUCAAAGUCUAUAACGUGACUUACGUGGGGCCUGCCCUCCGCGUGGCGGCCAGCACCCUCAAGUCUGGAGCAUCCUACAGCGCACGAGUGAGGGCCUGGGCUCAGAGCUACAACAGCACGUGGAGUGAGUGGAGCCCCAGCACAACGUGGCUUAACUACUAUGAGCCCUGGGAGCAGUACCUGCCGCUUAGCGUCACCAUCUCCUGCCUUGUCAUCCUGGCCAUCUGCCUGUCCUGCUACAUCAGCAUCAUCAAGAUUAAGAAAGGAUGGUGGGACCAGAUUCCGAACCCAGCCCACAGCCCCCUAGUGGCCAUAGUCAUCCAGGACUCACAGGUGUCACUGUGGGGGAAGCGGUCCCGAGGCCAGGAACCAGCUAAGUGCCCACACUGGAAGACCUGUCUUACCAAGCUCCUGCCCUGUUUACUGGAGCACAGCAUGGACACGGACGAGGACUCCUCUAAGACUGCCAGAAAUGCGCCUUUCCAGGCUCCUGGAAAAUCAGCGUGGUGCCCUGUGGAGGUCAGCAAGACGAUCCUCUGGCCAGAGAGCAUCAGCGUGGUGCAGCGUGUGGAGCUCUUUGAGGCCCCGGUGGAGAAUGAGGAGGAGGAGGAGAUGGAGGAAGAUAAAAGAAGCUUCUGCCCAUCGCCCGAGGGCAGCGGGGGCAGCCUCCAGGAGGGCAGGGAGGACAUCGCAGCCCGGCUGACAGAAAGCCUCUUCCUGGACCUUCUCGGGGGGGAGCCUGGGGGCUUUUGCCCACAGGGUUCGGAGGAGUCCUGCCUUCCUCCUCUAGGAAGUGAGUGCCCUCAGAUGCCCUGGGCUGAGUUCCCGGGUGCGGGGCCCCAGCCUCUGCACCCCAAGUCCACUCCUUGGGCCUCUCCAACCCCGAGGCCGGCCAGCCCGGCUUUCACGGAGAUGCCCCCUGUCGUCACAGACAACCCCGCGUACCGCAGCUUCGGCAGCCUCCUGGGCCAGUCCGCAGCCCCCGGGGAGGGUGACUGCCACCCAGAGCUGGCCGAACGCCCUGGGGAAGCAGACCCCGGCAUCCCCUCCGCCCCCCGGCCUGAGCCAGAAAGCUGGGAGCAGAUUUUGCGCCAGAGUGUCCUCCAGCACCGGGAGGCCCCGGCCCCCGGCCCGGGCCCCAGCAGCGGCUACCGGGAGUUCGUGUGCGCCAUGCAGCAGGCCUGCGCCCCCGACACCGGGGUGGCGGGCUCUGGCCCUUCCGGGGAAGCAGGGUACAAGGCCUUCUCCAGCCUGCUCCCGGGGACAUCUGGGGAUGAGGCCAGCCAUGGGGAGGGGGGCUACAAACCCUUCCAGAGCCUCGCUCCUGGUGGCCCUGGGGCCCCCGCCCCCGUCCCCCUGUUCACCUUCGGACUGGACGUAGAGCCGGCGCGCAGCCCUCGGGCCUUGCUCCUCGCAGGCAGCGCCCCAGGGCACCUGGGUGUGGAGCCGGCGGGGAAGGAAGGGGACAGCCACAAGACCCUGCUGGCCCCGGAGCAGGCCACAGACACCCUCAGGGACGACCUGGCCGGCAGCAUCGUCUACUCGGCCCUCACCUGCCACCUGUGUGGCCACCUGAAGCAGUGGCACAGCCAGGAGGAGCGUGGCAAGGCCCACGUGGUGCCCAGCCCCUGCUGUGGCUGCUGCAGAGACCAGUCCUCGCCCCUGGUGAGCCCCCUGCGGGCCCCAGACACCCUGCCAGGGGGGGCUCCUCUGGAGGCCAGCCUUUCUCCAGCCUCCCUGGCCCCCUUGGGCAUCUCAGAGGAGGGCAAGCCCUCCCUGUCCUUCCAGCCUGCCCCCAGCAAUGCACAGAGCUCAAGCCAGACCCCCACAGAGGUGGCCAUGCUCUCCAUUGAGCCCAUGUGCAUCAGCGCUUCUUAG